AUGGCGCAAGUUUAUCGUAAGCUUUUAUGUGAAAAGAUUGCGCGUAUAAGCGGAACAAAUUUUCACAUACCUAUGGCGGCACUAAACUUUACGUACCACAAACCAUCGCAAACACCGGAGAUGAAUCUUUUAGCGCAGUAUUUAGGAAGCAAUUACGACAAAGAAUCGUCUAAAUCGAAUGAGAUGUGUGGUUCUAGUAAAGACGAGCAUUUUACCAAAAUAACAACAGAAAUGCGCUCCGGAAAGCAUUGGGCAAAAGUAUCGUUGGACAGAACGAAGCUUAUACAAUCGGUGCUUGCCAAUACCACAUUAGCCGAGCAAUACAAUCCCGCCAGCAGCGAAACCAUUGUGGUAGAAUUCAGUUCGCCCAACAUUGCCAAACCAUUCCAUGCAGGUCAUCUGCGAUCGACCAUCAUAGGCAAUUUUGUAUCGAACAUAAAUGAAUUUCUUGGUAAUAGAGUGCUGCGGCUUAACUACCUUGGAGACUGGGGUACACAGUUUGGUUAUCUAGCUCUAGGUGUUCAGCUGAAAGCGCUUUCACCGGUGGAAAUUCAUAAAAACCCCAUCAAGUGUUUGUAUGAGGCAUACGUGUACGCGUACGAAGCAGCUCGGAACGACCCAAAAAUGCAUGAAGUUGCUAUGGACAUUUUUGCGCGCAUGGAACAGGGCACAGCCGAUGACCUACACAAGUGGCAAGAAUAUCGUGAUUACACCGUCCAAGAAUUGGAGGAGUUGUAUCGAAGACUCGGUGUGACGUUCACCGACUACGAGUGGGAAUCACAGUAUGGUGUGAAUAAAAUAAGAAAUGUCCUCGAAAUGUUGGACCAUUUCAACCUACUAAAACAGCAAACGGAUGGACGUAAAGUUGUGCCUCUUCAGCACCGAACUAUUCCGAUUGUGAAAAGCGAUGGUUCCGGAAUGUAUCUUUUGCGUGACAUUGCUGCCUUGCUCGACCGACAUAACCGAUUCGGAUUUCAAAAAUGUUUUUAUGUGGUAGAAAAUGGUCAAAACGAUCACUUUACAUCGUUAUACGAGAUAGCGGAGCAACUACAACUACCUUAUGCAAAAGGUAUUCGCCACAUAAAAUUUGGUCGAAUACACGGAAUGAGCACUAGGCGUGGUAAAGUGGUGUUUUUGAAAGACAUUCUACACGAGUCCCAACAAUUGGUGCGGGAGAAACAGCGUGACUCGCCCAACACAAAGACCAGUUCGAUCGAUGACCCCGAAGUGAGUGAAAUCCUGGGAACCAGUGCAGUCAUCAUCAACGAUUUGAAGCAGCGCCGCAUUAAAGACUACAAUUUUGACUGGGCAAAAAUUCUUCGUAUGGAAGGCGAUUCGGGAAUCAAGUUGCAGUACACGCACUGUCGUUUGGCUAGUCUUCUCCGGACACAGUCGACGUCGGAAGAAAUGCAACAUAUUCAGUGUGAUGGCUUAUCUUUGAUGGAACCGGAAGCACUGGAUUUGGUUUGUCAGUUGGCUAAUUUUAAACCAAUUUGCUACCAAGCUCAAGAAUCAGCCGAAGCAUGUAUACUCGUCGCUUAUCUGUUUCGACUGUGCAAAUCUAUUAACCAGGCCCUCAAAAGUUUGCCGGUAAAACAAGAAUCCGACCAAAAGAAACGAGAGCAGCGAAUACUGUUGUACAGCAGGGCAAAGUUAGCUCUCCACACUGGAUUAGAACUGUUAGGUAUAAGACCAUUAAAUGAAAUGUGAUACCAUACCGAAAAUGAGCGCAAAGUAAAGUGUCAUUAUACA